ACCUCCCCAGGAUUUCAAGCGCAGCUUUAGUCUCCACGCAGAAUCGGACGUCACUCUGCAAGAUUCGGCAAUUAAUUGGCCAACGCGGAAAUAACAGCAACCGUGCAUAAACAGACGCCUUUAUUAUCGGAUAACUAUUUGCAGGCGCUUGCUUUUCCACAACAAAAGCAUAAAAAAGCCGGGCACCUGACAUGCGGUAAGAGGAUAAUACACUGAGAGGGAAGCCGGAGGAGAUCCAGAAAAGAGACAGGAAAGCGGGAUCUAAGCCGGGCUAGAGAACCUGGAGCGACGCUACUACAAAAAUAUGACCUCGACCUUCUAGGAUGCUGCCCGAAAGUGGUCGUUAUGGAAGAAAUGGCGAAAUUUCCCCCUGUUACUCAUGCUGUUUCUCCAGCGCACAUGUUGCCCAGGCUGCUGGUGCUACUGAUCAGAUCAUGAGGAUGUUUGCGUAGGAGUGUUAUAUUUUUCUGCAGAUCAGUCUACACGGUUUCAACAACUCCAGUCGAACGGUGGAUGGACAUCUACGCUGCUGAGCACAUCUGUCAGAUAUAACGUCGUAAUCACCGGAAACCGGUGCGUUUUAUUUACGUUUGGAGCCGUUUUUUUCUUCUAUUCUUUUUUUUUUUUUUUUUUUUUAUCUCCUGCCUGGAAUCGUGCAAAAGAAACUAAUGUUUUACAUCUUAAGAGAGUGUGAGGGAAACUGGUCUACUGGAAAAGAUUAAGGAAAUAACCCUGGACCUUUGUAUCUUAUGUCUGGAUUUUUGUCAUUUUGACGAAGGACAGGCAAAGAGGAUUAGUCCCAGUUAGGGGUUAUUUUUGCUUCCAAUUUAGAAUAUUAACUCUUCCAUAAGCCAAGGCAACGAUUUUGUUCUUAUUUUUCACUAUUCUUCCAAACUGAGUUUUUGGCCAUUGCUCUGAAUAUUUUGUGACUGAAGUCAACUAGGAGCGAAAACUGCCCUGGAUGUGACCCGAAGAAUUCAUCUUAUCUCUGAAGGGUGUUGAUGGAGAGCCAUUCGAAUGACAGCCGGGACAGUGGUCAUCACUGGUGGAAUUCUUGCUACGGUUAUAUUACUCCUUAUCAUCGCAGUAUUGUGCUACUGUAGGCUGCAGUAUUAUUGCUGUAAGAAGGAGGAGUCAGAGUCGGAGGAGGAGGAGCCGGACUUUGCUGUCACUUCCCGCAUUCCGCCGGUUCACUCGAACCACAACAUUGUGGCGGCGACAGCUGCUGCCUCCUCCAUCCCCAAUGGCCCCGCCAUUUUUUCCACCCCACCACUGGCCAGAAAACUGACACGCUCGCAGACCUUCUGUCCAUCGUGCACGCAUUAUGACCUGCCUUUCUACCUUCAGCCUCCUCAGCCGCAGCAGGUCCAUCACCAGCCAGAAGGACUGAGGAAUGGUGGAGACCGCAUCAGCUAUCGCAGCGUCCAGCAGCAGGAUCUGGACCUGCCAGUGCCUGUUAACAUUUCAAACUAUCGUAAGCCAAACCUGGCCCGCUCAGUCACCAUGAGGGAAAUGUUCACACGCAGCUGUAGCAUCAGCACUGAUGUUUAGCUGGUCGAAGGGGGAAGUUCAGUGAAAGGUUUUCACCUUUGUGAGCUGCUACAACCUCAACUGAACAGGACUUGAGUCAGACUCUUGUUGAGUCUCAUUUCGUUUGUCACUGCCUGCACAUUGGACCACUCGGAUUGCGUUCAGGACAGUUUUUUCUUUCACAAAACUUACGAUGUUCAGGUCCAUGAGCCUAUUGUUUGGCUAAUACCAAGUAUGUAAAAGUGUUGAAUGAAUGAAAUAAGCUUUGUUUUUUUUUUUGAGUGAUAAAGUUUGUGUUGCCCUACUUCCCUACUUCCUGACCUGAAACACUAGCAGAUUACUGCAACACCAAAAUGAUGAUGUGCUCAGGGGGGAUUUUCUUUUUUCCACAGCUGCUACUAAUGAAAUAUGACUGGGAGAAGUCUGAUGUUGCUCUAUACUAAGAAGGGAUGAUCUGUUUAUUCCUCCAUCAACAGAUUAUAGAGAUUAUCAAAUAUGAUCAACUAAGAUUGGAGAGGAGGAGGAGGGUGUUUUCAUAUUUUUAUCCACCACCCACAGAUGUUUUUGGUAGUUUUAACUUUGGACAUAAUAUUUUAAGACAUUAAGGGCUCACAGAAGAUUUUAAUUCCCUCUCAUGUUUUAAAUACUUUCACAUCUCAACUUUAAUAGUCACUCUGAGGCCCAACAGACAGCACAUGGUGUUUAUCCUGCAAGAGGGCGCAAAGAAAACUUUUAUGUUUUUACUGGCAGGAGUAGGGUGUAUCUGCAUUAUGUUCAAGUGUAUUGUACGGGCAUGCAUUGUGUGUAUGAGCGUGUAUCGUGUUCAGUUAUGAGAGAAUUCUCAAUUCAUUAUAAUCAAACAACAACCUGUCACCCAAACGCUUAAUGAACUGGGAGCUGAGGCGUGUUGCAAUAAUAUGUCAUUACAAAAGGAGAGGGGAACGCCGCGUGCCACAGACAGAUACAUCUAAUCAGAUUAUAUGACAAACCCUAAUAAUUUGUGUUGAUCUUACUGAUAAAAUGGUGUAAGACAAACUAAAAUUGGACGAGCGUUUUUUAACUUUCCGUGUAAUCUCUGUUCUUUACUAAAAUUUCAGCUUGUGAACUUUUCAGCGUACAUCUUGUGUUGUAUGUGACCACUGAUAUCCGGAUGCUUUGGCUAAAGAUUCACCCUUAAAGGCACAUAUAUAAAUAUUUAAUAGGCCACACUUCAGUCUCUUUCCCCUCUCUCACUCUCUGAAGUCGGUGGACUGAAGAAAAUGUGCUCUUGCUCUGAGGUACUCCGCGAGUUCCUUCUCUGGAUUGUUUUUAUUUUCUCCACAAGGCUGACUGGACUGGCUGAAGGGCUGAUAUUCCAACUGGAAGAGCAUUUCAUGGUCCAAGGACAGACAGCUGAAAUUAUUUACUGCUUGAUUUCAAAAGAGUCAGCUGAGUGAGGUAUUUGAAGCUGAUUGGAGUGUCCUUUUUGGAUUCCCAACCCCCCUUUUCUCUAUGAAAUAGAUGGUAGACACAUUUGAACCUUUCGCUCUCUAUUUUUGUCUCUCUGUAGAAUUGAUCAACAGUCAUGGUCAUUUAUUUACCUGAAAGUGAAACAGUACUUAAUUUAGUUUUUCCUCUUAUAACAUGAGCAAACACAGUGCCUUGAAAAAGUAUUAAUGCCCCUUUUGGUUCUCACAUUUUUUCACGUUGGAACCACAAAGGUUAAUGUAUUUUAUUGGGAUUUUAUGCUAUAGACCAACACAAAGCAGUGCAUAAUUGUGAAGUGGAAGGAAAAUGAUAUAUGUUUUACAAAUAAAAAUCUAUAAGGUUUGGUGUACAUUUGAACUGACCUCCCUUUACUCUGAUACCCCUAAAUAUAAUCCAGUGCUAUCUGUAAGUAUUUUAAUCUCACUAUAAAUUCAGCUGUUCUGUGAAGGCCUCAAAGGUUUGUUAGAGAGCAUUAGUGAAAAAAUUAUGUCUUGAAGACCAAUGAACACACCAGCCAGGUUUAGAGUAGACUUAGGUUAUAAAACAAUACCCCAAACUUUGAAGAUCUGACAAAGCACUGUUUAACCAAUCAUCUGAAAAUAGAAAAGGUAUGGCACAACUGCCAACCAACCAAGAGAUGAAUGUCCACCAAAAAUAACAGGAGCAGUAAUCAGAGAAGUAGCCAAGACACCCAUGGUGCCUCUGGGGGAGCUGCAGAAAUUCACAAGCUCAGGAAGGAAAUCUGUCUGUAGGACAAUUAAUUAUUCAUGCACUAAAAAAUCUGGCUGUUAUGGAAGAGUAGUAAGAAUAAAAGGAAUUACCGAAAGAAAUCCAUAAUCUAUUUUGAAAUCCAUAAUCUAUUUUGUUUAAAAUUUGCCACAGUUCAUGCAGUUUACAGUGGAAAUAUGUUUAUGAAGUUGCUCUGGCAGGAUGAGACCAAAAUCGAACUUUUUUGUGGUGAAAAACUAACAAUAAAUCACCCUGAACACCAUCCCUAUGGUGAAACAUGAUGGGGGUGGCAUCAUGUUGUGGGGGUUUCUUUCCUUCAGCAGGGACAGUGAAGCUUGUCAGACUUAAGUGGAACAUGGCUAGAGCUAAAUACAGGGGGAUCCUUUAAAAAAAUGAUAACCAAAAAACAUUUGAGGCAUGAGGUCCACUUCCAGCAGGACAAUGAUUCAGAACAUACAGCCAGAGCAACAACGAAGUGGCUGAGCUCAAACCAGAUUCAUGCUAAAAUGGACCAAUCAAAGUCCAAACCUAAUUUCAGUCUUUAGAUGUGCAAAGCUAACAGAGACAUACCUCCAAAAAACUUAAAACUGUAAUUUUAGUAAAUGAUGUAGCUCUGGAGAUGAUAAAUACAUACAUGUGCCACGCUCUUCAGAUUUCUAUUUGUGGAAAAUGUUGAAAUGUACAAUUAUGCACAAUGUGGUGUUGCUUUCUCAUGUAAAUCCCAAUAACAUACACUGAAGUUGAUGGUUGUAACGUGACAAACUCAAUAAAGUUCAAGAGAUAUAAAUACUUUUGCAAGGCCCCACACACACAAAUAAAUCUAACUUUUCAAGGGCAUAAUUAAGCCAUAAUGCACCCCCCCCCCCUGCUCAAUAGUGUGAUAUUAUCCAUCAGAGCUAACUGCUGAGCCUACACAUUUAUGCUUAGUGAAGCUUUAUUUUAAUCUUAACCCCUCUGACAUCCCUUCAGAUGUCUGAAACUGAGGAACGGCACAAUUCUACCAAGGUCUGAAACCCAACCUGGACUAACCAGGUCCUCAUAGAGACAGCCAUAAGUCAACAUGUGCACACAAAACACACACAGACUCACACUAACAGUUUUCAUUUUUCAUAUCUUUGAAGCUGAGUUUUUGGCAGUUGCACAGCAAAUGUAGUGCCAUAGGGAAGUAUGAGAGAUAUAUAUUAAAUAAGACUAUUAUUAUUAGAGGUGUUUAUUCAAAUGAAUUGUGCUUUUACAUGUUCAGGUAUUUACAUUAGUUGCUUUAUUUUAUGAUCCAGCUGUUUUUUCAGACUCAGUACAGUACAGCAGACAUGUUUCUGUCCCUGUUUCUAAUAUAUAACUAACAGACACAUUGUUGCUAAUAAAACGGUGUUAAAAGUU